UUCAGUGUGUGUGUGUGUGUGUGUGUGUGUGUGUGUGUGUGUGUGUGUGUGUGUUCAGUGUGUGUGUGUGUGUGUGUGUGUUCAGUGUGUGUGUGUGUGUGUGUUCAGUGUGUGUGUUCAGUGUGUGUUCAGUGUGUGUGUGUGUGUGUGUGUGUGUGUGUGUGUGUGUGUGUGUGUGUGUGUGUGUGUGUGUGUGUGUGUGUGUUCCCUUCUGAACAGCUGACAGCAGAAGAAGAGAACCGGUUCUUCUAUUAAUAGCAGAGUCCCUCAGAGUUUCAGACCAGAUCCGUCCCAGUCUUGCAGCGCUGCACCACCUGAGACAGUCCUCCGUCCUCCGUCCUCCGUCCUCAUCAUGCCCAGCAGCCAGACCCGGUCCCGGGCCAGAGAACGGAACAACGUCCAGAACCGGCCCGAGUUCCUGUCCCUGAACCAGCCCCUCAGCAGAGAGCCGGGGACGGGGGAGGGGCGGGGGGGCGGCGGUCCGAGGAGAGCCAGCAGACAGCAGAGCCAAGGGGGUCCAGCAGCUGAUGGGGGGACGAAGGACUCGUCCCGGUGGCCGGAGCAGGACUGCAUCCAGCUGAACCCGUCUUUCCGAGGCAUCGCCAUCAGCUCCCUGCUCGCCAUCGACAUCAGUCUGUCCAAGCGUGCGGGGGUCUGCGUGGGGACUCGGGGGUCGGGGGCCCCGUUGAGGUCUAUGGUGAACCUGCUGUCCCUCAGUGGACACGCUGUCCCCUGGAUCUGUGGGACGCUGCUCUGUCUGUGGAGGAGCAACACGCUGGCUGGACAGGAAGUCCUCGUCAACCUGCUGCUGGCUCUGAUCCUGGAUCUGAUGACGGUUGCUGGUUUGCAGAAGUUGGUGAAACGCCGAGGACCCUGGGACUUCCCUCCGGGGUUAUUGGACUACGUUGCCAUGGAUAUGUAUUCUUUCCCAGCAGCCCACGCCAGCCGAGCCGUCAUGGUGUCCAAGUUCCUGUUGACCCACCUGGUGCUGGCGGUGCCCCUCAGGAUCCUGCUCUACCUGUGGGCGGUCCUGGCCGGCGUGUCCCGGGUGCUGCUGGGUAAACACCACCUGUCAGACGUCAGCUGUGGAUUCGCUCUCGGGUUCCUGCACUUCAAUCUGGUGGAGUCCGUUUGGCUGGACUCUGACACCUGCCAGACCCUCAUCUCCAUUGGUACGCUGCGCUGGACUCCACUGAUCUGAACUGGUCUGGACCGGUUCUGGGAGUAGGACUGGUCUGUCUGGAGGCUCACCUGUACUGGUGCAAACUGGACACCUUUAUAGAACUGGUCUGGACUAGAUGCUCCAUUGAAGCUGGACUCUCCUUCAUGCUGACGAACGCUGUAACAACUCGUUUUAGGGACUCAGGAACUGGACCUACCUGCUUCAGAUUGUGGUUUAGUGGAUGUGGUUCAGAGAAACCACAGGGCCGAUCUGAGGUGGUUUUAGAGCUGUAAAGUGUGACUUCCUGUUGAGUUAUUUUCAACAAUAAUAUUAAAGAUUUAAUGUUUUUGACCUGAAACGUUUAGAGGUGAAGUCCCGCCCAUCCCAGUGGUCUACCAUCAAGCCCCACCUCUCCCAGUGGUCUUCCAUUAAGCCCCACCUCUCCCAGUGGUCUACCAUUAAGCCCCACCUCUCCCAGUGGUCUACCAUUAAGCCACAUCCCUCCUGUGGUCUACCAUUAAGCCCCUCCCCUAACAGUGGACCACCACAGGACCUUCUUUCAGAUAAAGACUUAUUACACAGAUGAUGUUUGUAUAUUUAAAACUUAUUUUGCACGACAAGAAAAAUGUUGUCGUUAAAACUUGAAGAAUAAUAAUCUGUUCACAACAAAUAUUACGUUUUCACGCAACACGAUUAAAGAAAAA